UGUGGCCGCGGCGCUUUGACCAAUCUUCCCGUGCUCUCCACCGCACCACAGCGACAUUGAGCCCCUCAUCACCACAUCGCGACACUACUCAUCUCUUCUCGCCGGAUACCCAGCCAGGUACUCACUACUCCGCACGUCGCCCACAGCGCGCACCCCCUCGUCUGCUGGCUCCACUGCCUGCCAUGACAGUGCCAGGCGGUCCCGCCGCCGCCAAGGCGCCCGCCAUCAAUGGCCAUCAUGCGGCGGCCCCACGCUCAGAGGCAGGCAACUCUCCUACCCCCACAACGACCUCUUCCAAGAAAGAGGCCCUCACAGACGCCGCCGAGAGCACCGCUGCCCUUGCUGCAAUUCGAAUCGUUGAACACCCCCCCUCACCCUCGGCCAACCCCUCGCCCAUCUCUCGCGCCCUCGCCAAGCGAGUCAAAGCUAUCACCAAGAAGUUGCAGCGUAUUGCCCAAUACGAGGAUCUUCCACCCGCACAGCUGAACGAAGAUCAGAAGAAGGCCAUCGCCAGUCGAUCGGCUCAGCAGACGCCCAACUCCUUCUGAUCCAGCAGAUCCUCCGCCUAUUCACACUCCUGCACGUACCGCAGCUCAAGGACAGCGCCAGCUUCGCUCCUACGACCUCGUCUUCAUUCCUUGAUACCAUCACGGCACAAGAAGCAGCAGCGGUCGGCAAGCUCUAUCAGGGGAUUGUGGAGAA